GCGAGUGUGCGACGCCGUCAUGGAUGGCGGCAGCAGGAGGACAUCCAUGCUGCUUUAUUGCUCGUAUGUAUGCCGUGCCUUCCAAGUUGGUGCACGCUGGACGCACCUUGUUCCUUCCUCAUAUCAGCUGUCGUCUCCUGUGCCGCUCUCGUGUUGGCUCAGGUGGGGGUCUCGUUCGUCGCAUUUUGCCUUGUUGGGGUCCAGACUUUGAAGUUCGCUCUGAAGCUUGCUCACUGCCAGCCAGUCAGUGAGGCGGUCGGAUCAAAUUUGGCAUCCCGCGCCAGGUGCCAUCCCAUCAAUCGUUUGCAGGCUGCCUGGCUCCACCCCUGGCACUUGACUCUGCCAGGUCCAACAGGUUUGCUCCAUCCUGUGCUCUCUCGGCUCGGUCGGGCUCAAUGGAAACUCAACUUGGAUAGCAGGAUAGGAAACCAACAGGAUAGGAAACACGCUGCCUGCCUAUACCUUGGGCACAUAGCGUCCGUAUUCUCCGCGCUCACGAGCCCGCUCCUCUCGUCGUUAUUUCUUCUUCGCUCCGCGUGGCCCACGGGUCCCAUUUCCAACACCCCCCUCGUCCGAAAUCCCCACCAGCGCCCGCCCACACACCCCAGGCCCCUCUGGAAAUUCUCGCCGUUUCCAGAACUCAGCAAACUCUGCUCCGGAGACGGUGACCGGUUCUGGCCAGCUCCAUGACCCUGUUCCCGCGAGUCGCGCGUCCUGCUUCUGCUGCACCCACGUCGUUGGCGUCGUUGGUGUCGCUGGCUGGACUUCGGCUGCUGGCCCAAGAGACAGCCCCCUCCGCCCGUCCCCUUCCCCCCUAACGGGCAAAUGCCCCUGACCGGGCCCGACCGGCUUGCGAACCACCCGGCUCCUCCUCCGGCAAGCCCCCAUCCUACCCCCAAGCCCCAGGUGGCUGCCCCGGGAUGUCAAAACUGCCGUGAGCAGCACUUGAAGUGCGAUAGAGCAACUCCCGUUUGUGGACGGUGCUCAUCCGCGGGCCGGCAAUGUCGGCGAGGCUUCAAGUUCAAGGCUCUGGGAGGUUCCUUCUCUCGACACCAGACAUGGCUUCGCUACCCCACGCAGAUCACUUAUGUUGAUGAGACUGAGGCUACCGCCCGUAACUAUGAGCCAUAUACGGGCCAAGGUGGGACUUAUCGGCCAUGGGAGCCUGACCAGCAGGGGCUCAACAAUGACAACGAUUGCAACGACGACGAUCAUGUGCUCAGUGAACCGACCCCCACCACGGCAUCCAUCGCAGGGGUCUCGUCGGUCACUCUCGAGGAUAGGUCGCCUGCUCAGGCGACGCCGUCAAGCCGCCACCGACCUGUUCCAGGAUCGCCGACUGAUAGGUUCAUCGUGCAUGAGGAACAAGACGGGGCUCAGAGACGGCAUCGUCCAGUGAGCCAAGAAAGUCGCCACGGGAUCAGCUAUCUAUUUCCCGACGAAGCGGACCGGCGUCCUCCCAUACUCUACCUGGAGCGGCCGGUCUGGCCAUUGGGGCGCGAAGAAGCGUUUUUGUUUCGGCAUUUUGUGCAAAAUCUGGCCACAUGGCUCGAUCUCUGUGACCCCUCAACGUCGUUCCAAACGGUGGUCCCACAGCGGGCGGGAACAUGCCCAACCCUGCUCCAUGCCAUCUUCGCCUUGUCGUCGAGGCACCUCAGCCACACGACACCAAACUUCGACGAUCUGGCGUCCAACCGGUACCACCAGAUGUGCCUGCAGACGCUGAUCCCGACGCUCAAGCACGCGGGCACCGUAUCGGACGAGAAUCUCUUCGCGGCAACUAUCAUCCUGCGUGUUCUCGAGGAGAUGGAGGUGCGCAACUCAGGUAUGGACGCGCGCGGUCACCUGCUGGGUAUCCACGCCUUCGUGGCCGGGGACAACCGCCAAGAUAUCGCGCCGCGGACCCUCAGCGCCGCCUCUUUCUGGAUCGGGCUGCGCCAGGAAAUUUAUAGCGCCGUCAUGAACCACCAGCCCGUCCGCAUGAACCUGUCGCUACCCAUCGUGGACCGCUCGCUGGCCGGACCCGCCGAGGACCAUGUAUGGGCCAACAGGGCCAUAACGCACUGCGCCGACGUGCUCAACUUCUGCUUCAGAGAUGAUGAAGCCGCGGGCGCCACGGCGAUGCCCGCGCAUAGCGUCGCUCGGCGAUGGGCUGAGCUGCGCGACUGGGGAAACAGCUGGCGGAACGUGCUACCUGGCUCAUACGACCCUGUAUACGAGGGCCAGGAGGACAAGGACACUCCCUUUCCUGAGAUAUGGUACCAGACCUCGUGUCAGAUUAUCGGCGUGCAGCACAACAUCCUCGCCGAGCUUUUCCUCACAAUAUUCGAUCCCAGCAUCCCGAGGGUCGGGGCUCAAAGAAAGCUGGCGUCGCAUAGAGCCAAUAAUCGCGUCCAGGGUCUGUUGAGAAAGCUCUGCGGGAUUGGGUUGGGGAACAAAUGGUCUCCACCUGCGCUCUUCACCGCGUGUAUGGGGGUUGCAGCAUUCGGCGAUCGCUUCGAGACAACGCGGGACCAGCAGGCGUUUAUCGACAUGCUGAGGUUGACGGAGCGUGAACACGCGAGGCCAACCGAGUCGGUGCAGCGGCAAAUGAUGAGGUCGUGGGGGUGGCUGGAGGACGGAGCGGACUAACGGGACGCAGUGUUUUGCUGAUUGUCAUGAUGGUUAGUAUUACUAUUAAUGCUAUUUGCUGCUGUCUUGGUAAAGCGCAGACAGGCUCUGCUCGAGGGCUUUUGAUGCCCACUUGUGUGUUAUUUUCCCGUGAAUUAUUCGAUCCCAUUGCGUUCCCAACCCCAGAUCCCUGUCUCCACGAC